UUUGGUGCUUCUGGCACACUUACCAAUGUUGCUAAAGGAACUCCCAAAAUUACUAGGUUUUUUGGGCCUUCAACAACUAAUAGUGGUAAUAGUAAAAGUGAGGAUAGUGAUAAUAAUGAAAGAGAAACAAGGAUGUUAAUUAGCUUAAAAACAGCUAAAAGAUGGUUGAACAUUUUAGGUUGUCAAUUUAAAAAUACUGAAAGGGUCUUAGAGCAAUGGAUGGUAAUAUAUAAAGAAAAAAAAAUAGAAUCUGUUCUACCAAUGCUUAGAGAGAGCAAGCAAGAGCUGAUGUUGGUCACUUAUGAUGAGUGUAUUUUCUAUGCAAAUGAUGCAAAAAAAGAAAUCUGGGGAAUGGCAAGCAAUAAUAAAGUGCGUUGUUAUCUUACAUCUAGUAAAAAUGAUAAGGAUUACUGGACAAUUAAGCAUUUAUUAAAACAAAUCAAAGAAAAGGCCAUUCUUAUUUUUAAAGCAAAGUUUUCUGGUGCAACAGCUGUCUUCGCUUUUGAUAACAGUAUGAAUUAUGCAGCAUUUGCAAAAGAUGCCCUUAUAGUACAAAGAAUGAACAAAGAGCCCAGAAGGAAGCAAAGUAUUAUGUGGCCAACAACUUUUAUUGAUAUUAAUAGCCAAUACUUUGUUAGUCAAAAAUCUGUCAUUGUAGAAUUAAUCAAAGGUGUAGCUAAAAGAUAUGCAAGAGAUCACUGUGAUUAUACAUGGACUGGCUUGCAAAAAAUUGUUUUACAAGUGCUUGAGUUGUUAUACUAUAAAGGAUUAACUAGAAAGUUAGCAGAAUAUGUGUAUAAAAAAUUCAAGUUCCAUAGAAGAGUUCCUCAAGAUGAAUUAGGUUCAUUUAUAUGA